AUGCAGUGUUUGCGCUGCCAUGGUUCGGGACAUGUGCGUCGCGAGUGCAAGGUGCCACGUUGCUCACACUGCCGGCGUUUCGGUCACGUCGACACCGAGUGCGUUCGUUCCUACGCCGCAGUGACCGCAACAGCCGGUGAUGAGGAUUCAACGGUGCACAUUAUGGACGUGACCGAGGCGGAGGACGCAGCGAAAGGUAGCGGGGAUGCAGUACACAGCCCGCCGGACUCUGCGGCAAGAACGGCUGAGGGAACAGACGACUCUAAGAAGAGCAAGCGUACACUCACCAGCCCUUCAGAUGAAGCGUCGAGAUGCCAGCCGGGUGACUGCAGAGAGCGGCUGCUCGGUGCUGUCGUCAGCGUCUGCACCACAUUCAGGUACAAACUGGUGUCAGUGACUGCCCCUAACGAAGAGAGCCGGAGCGUCUUAUCGUCCCUGGCAGAUUCGUUGCAGCUCGAUGUCUGGCGAGACGCCACCGGCUUCGGCACCCCGGCCCUCGUACUGCUGAAACCUCAACUGGCGGCCGAGUUCUUCGAGACCGCUUCAAAGAAGGGUCUCGCCGUGUCAACGAACUCGCAGGACUUGCAAGAGCUUUUAGAUAAUGAACGCAAAGAAGUGAAUCUUGCGUCAUAUUCGAAGACCUCAGAUCGCUUCGAGAGGUACCUGACUUACGGCGAGUUCAGAGACGCCCUGCAGCAGUAUGCCAAGGACUACGGCCACGUGACCUACACGACCAUUGGUCGGUCGUACGAAGGCAGGGACAUCAUCGGUGUACACAUCAAGGCCAAGGAGAACCUACCCAUCGUGUUUCUCGAAUGCGGAAUCCACGCCAGAGAAUGGAUCGCACACGCUACCUGCCUCUACAUAAUAGAUCAGCUGGCAACGCAUUACGGAGAAGAAGGAGACAUCAGCCGGCUGUUGUCCACCUACGAGUGGCGCAUUUACCCGAUAGUCAACCCGGACGGCUACGAGUACUCGCACACUACGGACCGUCUGUGGAGGAAGAACCGAUCACACAGUCGCUUCAGCGAGUGCAUUGGCGCCGACGUGAACCGAAACUUUGACAUUGGCCAGUAUUGCACCGGGCGCUCCAGCACCAACCCCUGCGAGCCUGCGUACUGCGGGGACGAACCGUUCUCGGAGCCCGAGUCCCGAGCCGUUCGGGAUGCCCUCGGGGCGACCCGAGGUCGCACCGAGUUCUACUUCGCGCUGCACAACUUCGGCCUGCUGUGGAUGUUCGCCUACGCCCACAAAACUCAGAAAGUUCCGGAACACAACGAAUUGAUGAACAUCUCUGCGAGAGCAGCUGAGGCCAUGAGGAAAAUUAGGGGAAAUGAAUUCGACUAUGGGCCUGUUUCCACGACUCUGUACCGAUCAUCCGGGCACAGCGUCGACUGGGCUUACGAGAACGGAGGCGUCAAGAAAGCCUUCAUAGUCGAGCUCGAGCCAUCGUGGCGUACCACCAACCCUAACAAGGGCUUCGUGCUGCCCGUCAGAGACAUACUGUCCACGGUCAAGGAGGCGUGGGUGGGCAUCAAGGCAGCCGUGGCACCCUAAAGCCAGCCCGCGAGGAGUGUUCGUCACGUGAUCGUCCACGACGCUGGUAAUCCGCAGCGGGCUUGACGGAGUGGCCCGCAAUUCGAAAUAAAGGCGAGACCUGACGAACGAAAAAGAAAAAAAGCGAGGUCAAUGGCACUUCCCGCGGUAUAGCUGAUCCCCAUCGACCUCGUUCUUCGUGAUCAAUUCCGUCGGGUGUAUACAUCCUGCUCUAAAAAAAUUACGCGCAUUUUCUGUCCACGACCCGCACGCACGAUUAACGAUUUCCUCGCUUCUAGCGGAGUAUGGUCAAAGUUGACACGAGGUCGCACAGUGGUUACGUCGACUUGCGACAGUAAUUCAUAAUUCAAAUGAGUUUCUUUUUUCCGCUUAGUUGCCAUCAUCAUCAUCAUCAUCAGCCUGGCUACGCCUACUGCGGGGCAAAGGCCUCUCCCAUACUUCUCCAACUACCCCGGUCAUGUGGCCAUGUUGUCCCUGCAAACUUCGUAAUAUCAUCCGCCCACCUAACCUUCUGCCGCCCCCUGCUACGCUUCCAUUCUUUUGGAAUCCAGUCCGUAACCCUUAAUGACCACCAGUUAUCUUGCCUCCUCAGUUUAGUUGUAGAAAUGAUUACUUUCUGGCU